CGUUUAGCGCACGCGGAAGUGGACAAUCAAUUUCCUUUUCCUAUAAUUUUUCAAAUAAACAUUUGUUAAAGUUCGUGAGAACUCAAAAAUUGUUUUGAAAAUUUGUUUUUUGUUCUAAAUACUCGCGGUUACUUUAAUUCGUGUCUGAUAAAAUGGAAGUGACGGACUUAAAUGAAUUGCUGAGUGUGCGUUCAAUUAAAAUGGAAACGGGAAAUAAUUUCGUUGAUGACGAAAAUGUUGACGACGGUGAUGCCUUAUCUAUAAUUCCCCAAUAUGUAACAGAGUCAGACUUGGGUCUAAUUCAAACUGGUUCAGAGAUCUUAGAAGCUGCACCACUAGAAGUCUUUGCAGAUACACCAGAAGAUGAAGAUGCUCUUCCCGGCACAGAUACUUUUGAAGAAAUAGUACAAAUAAUGGAUAUUAGAACAAGGUUGUCACAGUUAAGGACAAUGCUGGAGCAAAGACUGAAUUUAAAUCUAUCUGAUUAUACUUUUUGGCUGCAAGAUGCAAAAAUGUUGGAGAGCCACAAAACACUAGUUGAACAAUGUAUAAGAGGAUCUGGCGUUGUUCAAGUGAACAUACAACUUCACCCGGCUCAGAAAAAGAUUAAUAUCGUCGAUGUAUUAAAACCUGAUGAUGAAUUGCUCCAAUUACCGACGGUUGAAGAUGACCUCGAAACAGAAUCAGUCCCAAUACCAGAAACGCACGUAGCUGAGGAGGUAGAAACUGUUCAGGAAAUGGAAACUAAUGAGGCGGAGGUGUCUCCGCCACACGCGGUAGCUGUGAAGUGGUUUGUGGAUGAACACUUCAAAUCUGAACACGCUAAGGCGAAAAUACCAGAUGAUCCUUUAAAUUGGUCGGUACAACACGUCAAGCUCUGGAUACAAUGGGCCGUGCGACAAUUCAAUUUGACAGGUGUAAAACUCUCCGCGUGGAAUAUCACCGGACGGGAUCUUUGUAAUAUUACACAUUUGGAUUUUAAAGAAAAAGUUCCAUCCGAUCCAGGUGAUCUAUUUUGGACGCAUUUAGAACUUUUAAGGAAAUGUAAAUUUAUUGCUGUGAUACAAAAUAACGAAGCGCCUCAAACCAAAGAAGUAUUAGGAACUCCACAAUGCGCUAUCAAGAGGAAACCGAAUAAGGUAAUAAUAUGUCCGCCAAAUAGUGAAGACUGGUCCCGUAUGUCGCCUAGAACGGGCAAUAACGGGCAAGUACAAUUAUGGCAGUUCCUGCUCGAGCUGCUCACCAGUGCUGAACACUAUGACCUUAUUCGGUGGGAAGGUACAAGUGGCGAGUUCAAACUUUUGGAUCCCGAAAGAGUAGCGACGUUAUGGGGUAUACGGAAACACAAGCCGGCAAUGAAUUAUGAGAAAUUAUCGCGCGCUUUACGAUACUACUAUGACGGGGACAUGAUCGCCAAAGUACCUGGAAAGAGGUUCGUCUACAAAUUUGUCUGCGAUUUACGGCAAUUAUUAGGAUACGAUGCGGCAGAGCUGGCAGAAUUAGUUAAGGAGCUACACGAUACAAUGACAAACUCAUAAGGUUUACUCACGUUAAAAUUGUUACCGAUGUUAUGUUUGGUUAAGUUUUUUAAAUGUGUUCGGUUCUGUUUGCGAUAUAUUUAUAUAACAAUACUAUAAAAUUCACAAAUUGAAUAGAAAAUAAAGAGAAAUGCAUAACAGGAGCAUAAAAGAAAGAUGAUGUCUUGUCGCGUUUGAUUGUGAAUGGUCAAAGGUUACGGAAUAAAUAUACCAAAAAAUAAUGAUAUAA